GUUAUUAAAAGGCUUUCCGAUUAGAAAUUUUAAAAAUAAUUUCUGUAUUGAUAAACAGUUAAGUGCAUGGAAAACCGUUACUAUAACUGAAACAGGGCAUCUUUUGUAAAUGUUUAAAUUUAUCAACCUAUCGAUUGUUGCACAGUAUUGCAACUUCCAUCUGCAAAGUGCAACAGAUACGACAACAAAGAAAUUUGUGCAAAAAUGAGCGAAUUAAAUGAAAGUGCGGAAUUUUUAGUUCCCACAGUCAGGGAAGUGCAGCAAAUGUUUGCCGAACUCUUAAGCCAUGACGAAGAUAUAACCUGGGAUCUGUUGUCGGCAAAUCAGGGAGACAUCCUGAAAAACAAAGUCAACGAGUUUAAGGCCCAAAUUGACGAUCCCAAUAGUAUGCGUUUAGUGAACGGUGACCUGUUCGAUUCGAUUUGGUAUUACAGAAAAUAUACAAAUGGCCAGUCUCUUACGUCUCUAUUUUUUGUGAUGAUUGUCGAAAAUGUUACUGAUCCAAAACUGGCUGAACAAAGCAGAUCAUGGUAUCUUUACCCUGUAUUUCGAUGUCGGCGUUGUGUGGAGAAUAAUACCGGCCAAAACAACUCCAGUCUGGAAUGCUGUAUGGUGUAUGUGAAUCAAUAUGACUCUAUCGAGGGUUGGGAUAACUUCGUGCAAAAUUCGCGGUUACGUCCCGGGUUAAUGGUGACUCCUAAUCGCGGGGUCUAUAAGCUAAUUGAUGGAGAGGUGGAGCUUAAUGCCUAUUGCAUCCCAGGACGCCUACGAACCAAAAUGUUAAGUAGGGAUCGCUGCAUAUCGGCCGAAGAUGUACAAGAAGCCUUAAUACGUCCCACAGAAAGCAUUACCAACUUAAAAUACGACGGCUUUUUUGGACUUUACAGGGUGCAGUUGGGAGGAAAACUGUACGAUAGCGUACUCUAUCAAUUAUUGGUUUCUGGUCAUAGAAAAUCAGUGAUUGAGGCAGAAAAUCUAUCCGAUUCACUAACUCUAUUUACACACGGUAUCAAUAACUCUCGCCUGUCAUCGUUAAUGAUUAAAGAUCAAAAUAGUUCGGUCGUGUUGGGAAAUUAUCUUAAAAGAGUUUUUGACACGAUUUUCUGGAAGACAAAUCGAAUUGAGGGAAAAGUAGAUCUUAUACGCAGUGCAAAUGAAGUGCCGACAAAAAACGAUCUUUAUUUGUUUUUCCAUAGAAAAUUAAGGAAACAAUAUAAUAGAUGUUUCUCAGUGGAAAAGAACACAAUUAAGGUAGAAGACUUAGGGAGCGCUUUAAGAAAUAACAUUGAGAACCAAGAGAAUAUUGAAAUCUUGAUUACCGUCAUGACCAAACACCUGAAACCAGAAAUGAUCCAGCUUAUUCUGCAGCUUACCCAAUCCUUUAUGGAAAGUACAAGGGAGGAGUUGUGGCAACUACUGAAAUACCAUAUAUCCACGGAUAUAGUUCUCUAUCAAGUCAUUCGGAUCGUAUUGGAAGAUUUUUCAAACUUGGAUCCCAAUGAAGUUAAAGAGCAAUCUUCGUAUAUUUUGGGACAUAUCAAAGCCCGCUUUGUCUCGUAUAAUCCCAAUUCCCCACCAGAACUUUUAAAGAAGUGCAGAAAAUGUGUGGGUUACUACCACAUUUCCAAAAUAGAUCUUUCUGCCCAAUGAAAAUGGUGUAUACCUUACAUGAGAUAAAAUGGGAAAUGAGAUGAGAAUAGUAGUGUCUUAAUAAACAAUUCAACUGUAAAUUAUCCGUAUAAAUAUGUAAAUGUAUAAAAUAAUAAAAAUCUUUUAAAAGAAAA